CGGCGGCGGUGGUGGUGAUAGCGGUGGGGCGUCCUCUGCCGAGAGCGGCGGCCGCCCGGUGCCGCUGGUAGGGAGCGCGGCCGCCCUCGCCUCACGCAGCCCCGCCCACUGGCGGGGAUACACCGCCCCCACCCCUCCCCCGCUUCCCCCUUGCGGCCCGCCGCCAUUUGACAGCGGGGCGGGCCGGUCGGGGCUUCACCCCACUACCCGGCGCCGGGCGCUGCCGGAGCAGCCGGUCAUGAAAAUGAGUUGCACAAUUGAAAAAGCCUUAGCAGAUGCAAAAGCACUGGUGGAACGGCUACGGGAACAUGACAACGCAGCAGAAGCUCUUAUUGAACAGACUACAGCUCUUAACAAGAGGGUUGAAGCAAUGAAACAGUACCAAGAAGAAAUUCAAGAGCUCAAUGAAGUAGCAAGACAUCGUCCUCGGUCUACGUUAGUGAUGGGUAUCCAACAAGAAAACAGACAGAUCAGGGAACUGCAACAGGAAAAUAAAGAAUUACGCACAUCUCUUGAAGAACACCAGUCUGCUUUGGAACUCAUCAUGAGCAAGUACAGAGAACAGAUGUUUAGGUUGCUUAUGGCAAGCAAAAAGGAUGAUCCAAGUAUAAUAAUGAAGUUAAAAGAGCAACAUUCCAAGGAGCUACAAGUACAUGUGGACCAAAUUACAGAAAUGGCAGCAGUAAUGAGAAAAGCCAUUGAAAUUGAUGAAAAGCAGGGCUGUAAAGAGCAGGAACGUAUCAUUCAGCUUGAGAAAGAAAAUAAAGGUUUGAGAGAAAUUCUACAAAUAACUAGAGAAUCAUUCCUGAACCUCAAGAAAGAAGAUGCAUCAGAGAGCACAUCUCUAUCAGGAUUAGUAACAAACAGUGAUUUGAGCCUGAGGAAAAGCUAAAGACUGUGGAAAUCAACAAGCUUCAGUUGCACACUUUACAAAUGGAGCAUCAGGGGUCACUUGUCAAGCACUUGUUACUGAAUAGGGCACCAGCAGGCUAAUGCAUCUUAAACUCCAGUUUAGUGGCUUUUAUACUGCAUAAAAUGAAUUAAAAUUGGUAUUUUACAAAAAACAUAGUGACAGAUAAAUUGCCAUAGAUCUAACUUCAGUAGGAAAUGGAUUAAUGCAGUUACUGAAUUGGGAAUUAUUUUUAUAUGAAGUUGUUUUACAGGUAAGAGAGGAGAUUUCACCUGGUUUAUCUAAGUUAUUGCUCAUACAAAGUUUCAGUGCACCUAUUAUAAAAUAAAGGUAAGAUUCAAGGUUUGAUCUCUGGCUAAAAGUCAUAAGUCACAAGUAUGAUUUAUGCAUAAUUCACAUUUUUUCCUUCUAAUAAGUUUUUAAUGUAUUCUCAUUUUGCAACAAACCUUUUCAAUGGAAAGGGUAUGCAGGCAGCAUAGAUCUUGAAGAUUUCUGUUAUUUGGCCACAAGAUACCCUGUUCUAAUACAAGGCAAAUUCUUUAAACAUAAGCAACGCUUUUGCAGUUGUUUUUUUUUUAAUUGAACAAGUCUUUAAAAACACAUGUACUUAAUUGUAUUUUCAAAACAUGAAAAGAGCUGCUUCCACAUUACUGCUUUCUGGAACGUAGUAGGCAUAGUAUCAUUCUGCCUUAGCUUUUACUUUUUAGAAGAGAAAACCUGGUGAGAAGGCACAUUGUAGGUAAGAAGCCACAUUGGUCCCAUUGAUUUCUUCUUGUGAUUGCCUGCCCAAACUUUGUGACUGGGAAACAACAGUUUGAAAGCAGCAGAAAGGUGGCUGGGGGAAGGAAGGAGAAGUGCUGUGAUCGAGUUAGCAGCCUGCAUGCCUGCAGCCAGUACUCUUAAUUUCUUUUAAGUACUAUGCAGUCAUCAAGAAGGUUAAGUAAGUUUCAGGCAUGUUAUGUUUUCACUAGGACAUGUUUCAAUAUGCUGUACUGACAAAUAGAGUGCUCACUUUUAAUCCUGAAACACUUGGAGAAGUGAAAAAGAGUUAGCUUUUCUAGGGCAAAGGGCAGCUUAUAUUGUAUGCAAACACAACAGGCUACACAAGACAGAUAUAACUUGUAUGCUACACAAGACAGGCUUGUAGUAAAGAGAUGACAGAAUAAUUUUCUAUUUGGCUUUUGUUUAUCAGGUUAUUGCUUCUUGGUCAAGGCAGCAAGAAAGUUCCUAGAGUUGAUGUGCAUUACCACUUAAUGCAUGCUUUAUUUGGAAUAACAGUCAAAGAAGCAGAAUGAAAAGUUUAAACCACAGAAAACCAUAGAUGUACAAACACCAUCCACACUUGAAUAAUUUGGCUGUUUAAUAACUCAGCUAGCAAAAUGAGCUGAAGUCUUACUCUGAAGUAAACUUUCAUAUAAUCAGUUUGAUUUUCAGUUGCAAUAAUGCAAAAAAAGAACAAGAUAUCAGGCACUUCUACAUAUGGCAGUUUAAAUCCAGCUUCCUUUGACUCAGUACAGCUUCCCUGGGCUCAAGAUAAAUGCCCCACAUCUAAGGGUGAGCUUGCAUUGCCUGUGAAUUAAUUUAUGGGCAGCUAAAUAUUUUAGUUUUGUUGCUCUCAGUUGCUGACCCCCAGUUCCCAUAGUGUUUAAGAAAAACAGGUGGUGGGAGAGGAGCAUUUAACUGAGACAAUAAAUGCUAAUAUUCAGUUAACUACUAUGCUAAGAAAUGCAGUUGAAAGGACAUAAACCAAGCUUUCCAAUUUUUCACAGCAUUUUUUAUAAAUGGAGAAACUGCUACUUCUUCCAGAUCAUCUUAGCUUGUUUCUAGACUUAAGAAUACAGUCAGGACAUUGAUGGGCAUGGAUAAAAAAGUAUUAACCAUUUCCAACUUGCUAAACAUCUGCAGGGCAUAUUUCUGCUCAAGUACAGAACCUAUUGUCUAUCAUUAUCUCUAAAACUUUGCCAGUGCUUCUAUAAUUUAGAUUUUGCAUUUCUACUGUAGCUUGCAAGCUGGUGAUUUAACAGAAGCAACACUUUUUUUUUUUUUUUAAUGGAGUGUGUUUUGGUGUUGCAAACGUAGAAUAAAAUUUUGUUUCCGUUGAUUAAGUUAUUCUUUUUACAAGUGUCUUUUCAGCCACUGACUGAUUUUCAGAGGCAUUUAUAUCCAUUUAAUGCUGAAUGCAGUUUCAUGGCUGACUUUCUGGUUUGUCUUUCAAAUAGUCUCUAGAGUUGUAUAUCAGAGAAAGGUUGUUGGUCUGUGGCAGUUCUUUAAGGUUGCUCUAUUAUGAAAUAAUGCUUGAUUAGUGUUUAUUUUUGUAAAUUAAAAUAAUGUGACUUAAUUUAUCUAUCCCUAGUCUUCACGUUUGAUACGUCUCCCCUGUCAUUCCCCUGUCCUGAUCACUUUAGGAUUUUAAAGAACCUUCACAGUGUGUGGAGUGACUAUUUUUCAUUGCAUACCUGUUAUUUUUGUAAUGCAGAUGGCUUGAAAAGAGUUUAUGGCUAGAAUUGUGUACUGUACAGUAAACUUAUUUUAUCAAUAAAGUUGACUGAAAAUAUC